AUGCUUGCUAAGAUGCCAAAAGUGUCUUCAAAUCAGAAUUCGAGAGAAAAGGAAUGCACACAACGAAUUUAUUCCAUAGUCGAUGACGUUUUGAGGAAUAAAUCUUACUCCAACAGUGAAAUAAAUCAAUGGUCAAAUGUCAUUUGUGAAACAUGCAUGGAUUUUUUGUACUCGAAAAUGUUACCCCAGAAGUAUAUAAUAAGUUGUUAUAUUUUAAAGAAUACGAACACCGAAACAUCUCUCAAAUUAUCAACCUACUGGGACAAGGGAGAUAAGUACCUCCAAAUAGCUUGGCCGAAUGAUAUAAAAAACUGUAACUUACUUUGUUAUGUUAAUAUCUAUAUUUUAAAAAUAGCACAAGCUGGCUAA